AUGAAUUCGCCAGAAAUACCAGCAGGUAACAACCGGCCACGAGUUUCACCCCUAUCCAUUUCACAGAAUCGCUUUUUGCUCGAUGAUGGGAAAAUCUUCAUCUUUCGCGGCGUGGUCUACCAGAUCCCCAGUCGCAGAAGAGCAGCUGUCCAGCCCGAGACAUCUGAUCACGUCGACUCCACUCCAAAAUUCCGCUUCGCAAAACGCGACGCACUCAACGACGACCGUUAUGAAGCAUUCGCUCGGGAUGUGGCACUCUUUGAGGAGCUGAGCAUCAAUUGCCUAUGGAUCUAUCUGGUUGCUCCAGAAGUCUCACACGCUCGAUGCAUGGCUCUACUCGCCGAGAAGGGUAUUUAUGUCUUCAUCGGGCUAUGGACCCCAUUGCAGUGUAUCAACCGGAUGGCGCCCCGAGAAAGCUACAAUCAUGAUCUACUGAAACGUUCUUACAGCGUCGUCAAUGCCUUUCGAGGCUAUUCGAAUGUUGCUGGCUUUGUAGCCGCUGAUCACGUUGUGAACAACGUUCGAAGUACUGUGGCAGCAGAGGUGGUUAUGGCCGUGGUCAGGGACGUGAAGUGCUACAUGAGGGUAGUUGCUGAUCGCAUGGGGGGCAGGGUUGUCCCUGUAGGUGUAGCGGAUGCAGAGUGGGCAGCAAUCGAAUCGCCAAGCCCGGCAUUCUACACGGCAGGCAGCAAGCAACAACAAGUGGACUUCUAUGCUUUCACCAACUAUCAGUGCUGGCCGUCCACGGCCGAAGACGGGAGACAGAAAUGGAGAGCUCUGCUUGGAAAGCUGAAAGCGAUCGGUGUGCCCGUUGUGGUCAGCGAGUACGGGAACAACUCGAUUGAGCCGCGUUCAUUCGAUGAGACAAUACAGCUGUACGGUGACGAGAUGAGGGCUGUUGUGUCUGGUGGCUUCGUGUACGAAUUCACACAAGAGGCGAAUCGCUAUGGCUUGGUGGUGAUAGAAGACGGCAGUGCAGUCAAAUUGCCAGAUUUUGCUACACUACGAGCCAAACUCAGCGAGGUUAAGGAGCUUUUGGUGGACUCUGAGUCGAUUGCUCCAGCCUCGAAUGCUGGAGGUGUCCAGGACUUUCCGCCCACAACUUCAGAAUGGCUGGCGGGAAGUAAGCCGAUGCCGUCGCCAUUGCCAGUGGAACAUUACCUAGACCAGGAAACGGAACAGUAA